GGUUGAUGGUCACACCACAGUCAGUGUUGAUCUAAAUUCUUUGACCUUCACUUCCUCCCCCGCACAGGAGGGAAAAGCCUAAGUCGGCCUCGUCCCCAGAGGCCGUCUCGCACCCUGUCACAAUGGCCGCAGCAGGAUCCGCAUCCAGCUGCGCGACGCGCCAGACCGCAAGCGCCUUCUUCCGUCCAGCCCAGCAAUAGUUCUCUACAGCACACUUCCCAUCCAGAGCCCCCAACAGCAUCUCUUGACCUUGACCUCGAUCUCGACUUCUCGCAGCCGCACUUCUUCAGCCCGGACUCGUGGUCCCAACUGGGCCAGCUCCCAGCGGCAGUCGACGACGAUUUAGAGAUGGCGUUCGGACAGACCUGGGCGGACUCGGGCGAGGGCUUCGCUGCCGCGCCUCCUCUGGACCUCGACUUUUCUUUUGACCCUGCCUUGAUAGAAUCACUCCCGGAUUCCAUCCCAGACUUCUUCCUCGUCACCCCCCGUAAUAUGACCAGCAAUCACGACCUGCAGCAGUCUCAACAGUUUCAGUCUCUCACGCUCGAUCCCUCGCCACCACAACCAUCCUCCAGCAACCUUGUUCCCAACCCCGAAACCCACUCCCGGCCUUCCUCGCCCUCCGAAAGCAGCCCGCUCGUUGGGGGAAAUAGCCGGGCCGGGGCCGGGCGACAAGUUGGGAGCACUAGGCGCGAAGAUGACCCCGACGUCGUGCUCAAGAGGCAGCGCAACACAAUCGCUGCGAGAAAGUAUCGCCAGAAGCGCAUCGACCGCAUCAAGGAACUGGAGGACGCGCUGGAGGAUAUGACCAAGGAUAGGGAUGAUCUGAGGUUGAGGUUGGCGAGGCAGGAGGCAGAGACGGCCGCGCUCAAGGAGAUGAUGCACAUGAAUACUAGGCAGGCUAGUGAUAAAAAUUGAUGCUCGUUCUCUUCC